GCCACCCCAGAUCAAUAAAGAACUAAGCCGAAUAGAUGAAUGAAGGUAGACAUUGGUGUGGAUCUGAAGACUUGUUUAUGUGUUGCAGAAUGUUUCUCUCCUGUUGUCUCCUCAUCUCCUGCUGAACACACAGCUCUGAGCUCCACAGCGGCCCCGCAGACGCAUGCUGCUCCACAAGAACCCCCCCGCAGAAACACCAGCAUCCGCGCGGCUCAUCCGGCCAUUUACCUGAACACUAGCUCACACAAGCUCCUGCGGAAGGCAGUGCGCAUCUGGAAGAGGCCGUUCCCCGUCUUCACCCCUCUGUCCUCAGUGUCGAGGGUCAGGAGUUUUCAGGAGCGGGUUCAGAUGCUCCAGAGUCAGCCUGCAGUCUCCAGAUCCCCGCAGCCCGUGUCCAGAUGCGUCAGAGAUCUGCAGCUGCGCAGUUCUGGGACGGAUUCCUCCCCGUCGCCCUCCAGUAGGUCAGAUCAGCCUCCGAUCCGUCGCCGCAAGCGCCCGGCAGUUAUACGCAGCUACAGAUACCGCAGACAGAUGCAGUUAUACCGCAUGCUGUCCAGCUGCAGGAGACUCAAGCAGGAGGAGCGGACAGUGCACACACUGCAGGGUCAGUCGUCACCUGCGGGAUCCUCUCCUGUUAAAGGUCAGUCUUGA